CUGACGCAAGUACGCAACGCUCACUUGCAGGCUUGCAGCUGCUGGCUUCGAUGCUCUGCUCUGCUCGUUCACCGGUCACAGCCCGCAACGUUAUCCUCGCGGAUGUGGCCAGAGUUGUGCAACCAGAGGCCGCCACCCACGUAUUAGCGCCUCCUGGCGAGCAGCAGCAGCAGCAGCAGCAGGGGAGCAUGGAGCUGAGGCCGCCGCCCUGUGACCUCCGCCGCCGCGCUCUCUAGCCAUCCAUCCAGCCUUCCUCGCCAUGGCAGCCACCGUCCUCCUCCCUCCGGCGCACUGCCACGGCCACCGCGCCGCGGCGUCUGCGGCGACGACGAGCGGGAGAGGACCAGGCGCCCUCUCGCAUUGUGCCCUCCCUCCACCGCGCCGGCAGCGCCGGGGAUCGCGCGCCGUGAGGGCGGCCGCGCCUCCCGAGCAGAGCCGCGGCGUGUCUCUCGCGGGUGACUCCGGGCAGGCGAGCGCGGGCGACGCCAAGGCCGCACUGUACCGAGCUCUGGACGGCGUGGACAGGGGGAUAUUCGGGAUGACGUCCGCGCAGCGAUCGGAGAUCCACGGCCUGGUGGAGCUGCUCGAGGCCCGGAACCCCACGCCGGAGCCCACCGCCGCGCUGCAGGACAAGGUGGACGGCUGCUGGAAGCUCAUCUACAGCACCAUCUCGAUCCUGGGGAAGAAGAGGACCAAGCUGGGGCUCCGAGAUUUCAUCAGCUUAGGGGACUUCCUCCAGAUAAUUGACGUCAAAGAGGAAAAGGCGGUAAAUGUGAUAAAGUUCAGCGCGAGAGCAUUGAAGAUAUUGUCGGGGAAGUUCACUAUUGAAGCUUCAUACAGUGUCACUAGCAAAACAAGAGUUGAUAUCAAGCUUGAGAGUUCAACUAUCACCCCAGAACAGCUGAUGAAUAUAUUUCAGAAGAACUACGAUAUGCUCCUGGCCAUAUUCAACCCAGAGGGUUGGCUAGAGAUAACAUACGUUGAUGAAUCUUUACGGAUCGGAAGAGAUGACAAGGAAAACAUCUUUGUGCUAGAGAGAGCAGACCCAUCAGAAGUUUGACAAGACCUUUUUUUUUGUAACUUUCUGACAAGGAGCGUGGCACUCCGAGAAGAUUAUUGCCUGCAUAUCCUACGGCUCACAUGGUUAUUACCAGCUCGAUCGGUGCAGCUCAGAGGCUGCACAACGUUCUUUCCGAAUUUUGAUGAGAACACAACAGUAUAUCCGUUCUCUGGAAAAAACAAUUACGCGAAGCUGGGCAUUUUCUACAUAGGGAAUUGAGAAUUGGUGAACCUUAUAGGAGGCAGACAGUACAGCUGUUGGAUAAAUUCUUCCCUCUUUGUUUUUUUUUUUUGGUGUCAAUCUUACACUGCUAGUGUUCAAGUAUUCUUCCUUGUAACCUUGCAGAAAAAUAGAACCAUUCUUCCUUGCAAGACAUGAUAUAAUGAGUGUACAGCUCGAAAACACACUUAUUCAAGUACUUUUUUGUUA